UUGGCCACCCUUGGCCUAGAGAGAGAGAUGGUUUCUCAGUUCAGUUAUGUUAUCUAUCUAAUCUUUCUUGUGCACAUAAGCUUUUGUUGACAUGUUCUAAGUCCUUUUCUGUAACCUUGGAUAUUAACCUGUGGUAUGAGAAAUGUUAACACUGAUGAGCAAAACAUAUAUAUAUAUAUUUUUUAUAUAAAAAGGGAUAACGAAGAAAAAGACUAACCACGUGUGGCUUUCCAUGUAGGAAGAGAAGAAGUGGGAAAGAAUUGCUAAAUCUUUUAGCUUCGAUACUACAUCAUGGAUCCACUUCCUAUCAACAAACCCCACCUCCACUCCCGACUCUGCUUGGUCCUCAAAAUAUUUCAUUCUAUGGACGACUUGCUUGUUGACUUCAAAGCAUCAUACCCAGAUCCACAGCACCUGACUGUGAUGCCAUAAACCAGAGAGUCACUUCAAGCAACAACUAAGGCAGGGCUCCCAGUUCAGAGAACCAUCUGCAGAAACUCCAGGAACACAGCAAGAGAAGAAUUUUCAAACCCUUGUGAAGCAAGAACAAUAUUUUAACUACAGUGGCUUGUUAAAUCUUGUUUUGUCUAACGUUCGUGGCAGUGGGACUACACAAGGCAGUAAGUGACUUCUGCAUUAUCUAAUGUUUCAGCUUUGCCCUCGUGUUUAAUCAUCCACAAAAGCCAUUUAUUGCCUCGUAUACAUCUCCAUCAGGAUUGUUAUCCCUUUAAACAAACUGCAUGUAACAUGUGGAAUGUACAUUAUUGAAUUAGUUCUUUUUCCUUUUGGAAAUGUCGGAAGAGAAAGCUGAGCUCCUUGGGCAAUUGGUAUUUCUGUUUGCAUUUCCCCGCCGUGUUUGUUGUGUUUGGCAGAACCUACAGUUUGAGGUUGUUUCACAGUUUCUCAUGAAGAAAUAAAUGUCUCCUUAGAAAAUGUUUGUGCAUCAAAAUCAUUCCCAGAAGUUGCUUGUAGUCCAGAUAGUGCAAAACCCAUUUACUGUUUUUCGCCCCCUACAGUUUGACCAAUAAACUCUGCAUGCUGUCUGUACUAAAUGCCUUUGCCUAGUGCAGUGGGACUUUAAAGCAGACUGACCUGUCCAUUGUUCAGCAGUUAUUUAUGUCUGCCUGCCCAGCAGUGAAAUGUACCUGACAAAUGCUUGUGGAUGUCUUCUCUUCAAUAUAGCAAAUUUUGUCUUGAACUUGCAGAUAUUGGCUCUCUCUGUUAUCAUGCUGCUCUUUGAGGCAGGAGUGUCCUCAUCCUCCUCAGGCUUGGAGAAUCAGAUCUUCCAAUACAUUGAUCUUCAUCAAAAUGAAUUUAUUCAGACCCUUAAGGAAUGGGUAGCAGUGGAGAGUGAUUCUAUUCAACCAGGGCUAAGACAAGAAGUAACACGAAUGGUGGAAUUAACAGCAGACAGGCUUCGAGCUUUGGGAGCCACUGUUGAGUUAGUGAAGUUGGGCUCCCACAAGCUGUCUGAUGGCCAGAGCCUUCUGUUGCCUCCUCUAAUUCUAGCAGAACUUGGUAAAGAUCCACAAAAACCCACUGUAUGUUUCUAUGGACAUGUGGAUGUACAACCUGCCAAAAAAGAAGAUGGAUGGAAAACUGACCCCUACACACUGACUGAAAUUGAUGGAAAUCUUUAUGGGCGUGGAGCAACAGAUAACAAAGGACCUGUCUUGGCCUGGAUAAAUGCAGCGGAAUCAUUCAGAGCACUAAAAUUAGACAUACCAGUAAACCUCAAGUUCAUUAUUGAAGGUAUGGAAGAAGCAGGAUCUCUUGGACUAGAGGAAAUAAUUAAGAAAGAAAAUCAGCGUUUUUUCUCCGAUGUUGACUUUUUUGUGAUUUCGGAUAACCUUUGGCUUAGCAACAGGAAACCAGCCCUCACGUAUGGGUCUCGGGGAAACAUCUGCUUCUCUGUGGAGGUACGGUGUGGGGAGAGAGAUCUUCAUUCAGGAAGUUUUGGAGGCAUCAUUCAUGAACCAAUGACUGACCUAAUAGCUCUGCUUGAUAGCCUUGUGGAUACAUCAGGUCGUAUUUUGAUCCCUGGAGUCUAUGAUGAUGUUGCUUCCCUAACGGAAGAGGAGAAGAAGUUGUAUGAAGCAAUUGAAUUUGAUAUAGAGGAAUAUAAAAAUAAUAGUGGUGUGAAAAAAUUCCUAUAUGACACUAAGGAGGAAAUACUUAUGCACCUGUGGCGUUACCCCUCUCUCUCUAUUCAUGGGAUUGAAGGAGCUUUUCACGAACCAGGAAUAAAAACAGUUAUACCCGCAAAAGUAAUAGGAAAAUUUUCAAUCCGGCAAGUCCCUCACAUGGACAUUUCAAUUGGAGAACAUCAGGUGAUAAAAUAUUUAGAGGAUGUAUUCUCUAAGAGAAACAGCCCAAACAAACUGAAGGUGUCUGUGCCAACAAGUGCAAUGCCAUGGGUUGCUAACAUAAAUGAUCCUCUUUAUACAGCAGCAAGAAAGGCAAUCAAAACAGUUUUUGGACAAGAUCCAGAAAUGAUCCGGGAUGGCGCAACAAUUCCUAUUGCCCAAAUGUUCCAGAAUAUAACAAGGAAGAGUGUGAUGAUGCUUCCAGUUGGAGCAGCUGAUGAUGCGGAGCAUUCCCAAAAAGAGAAAAUAAGCAGGCACAAUUACAUUCAAGGAACAAAACUGUUUGCAACCCUUUUCUUGGAGAUUGCAAAACUGCCUGGAAAGUUACAGGAAAAGUCCAACACAACGACUACAAACUGAUGGAUCCUGGCAAGACAAUAAGCUAGACACCUGCCUAUUGUCUUAAAUAUUCUAACCUCCUUCUUUAUUACUCUGGAGAAACAUGUACAAACAAUAAAAUAGUUAGACGUGCACCGCAUGUCUGAAACUGUUGAAAAAUUAAAUGCCUCUUACUGCUUACAACCCGCACUAACUAGCAUAUAGACAACGUUUAACCAAAUCAAGCAAUUCCUUGCGCAAUACAAUUGGAUCAGAGGUGCCUCAUGCUCAUUGAAUGGAAUGUUUCAGUUUGUAACUUUAGCCUAGGGGGGUGUGGGAGCAGGAAACACAGUUUGUUAUUAAAGUUUACUUAUUUCCAGACAUGAGCCAGGUCAGCCGAUAGUUGGGGGGUAGAGUGAGGGCAGCUGGCUUCAGCAGUGUUACUGAGCAUGCUCAGUCCAUGCGAGCAUGCUCAGUACAAGCCAAGCAGCAAAUCUGGGGGUGGGGGAGCAUGUGACCUCGCAUGCCCCCCUACCCCAUAUUACUGCUGCAUAUUUGCAGUUUGGCAAAGAUCGUAUUGCUUUGUUCACAUUCCAAUUCCUGACAUAAGCUCCUUCGCAGUACCACUUCUUUCCUUUUGGAUAUGUAUGAAUUGCUAUCAGAUGAUUUGCUGAAAAAUAUUUCACCAUAUUAACCUCUUGCCUGGUCACUUUUCCUACGCAAAAAACUGGAAAUAAGAUGAAUAUGCCAUCAGGAUCAGUUUGUCAAACUCAUUGUAAAGAAUAGCCCAGUCCUGCAAUCUCUCAUUCUCAUGAACAGUACCUCUGAAGUCAAUGGAGCCUCUCAGGCAAAAAAAGAUUUGCAGGUUUGGAUCCUGCCUCUUUCUCUGUUUAAUCCUAUUCUCUUUCCAUUUUGCUGUUUGGCAUUAAAGAUUGCUGUGUAUUAUUCUCCUCCUUAAUGUGACUUUUUUUUUUAUACACCAAACAUAAAGUCAUUCAUGAAUAUCUUUUCAGACUGAUAGUGUAUCACCUAAUAGGUGUUUUACUCCCAAAUCAACUGGCUCUAAAUUAUCAUCACUUUUAAAGCAUCAAUUUUAGGUUAAGAACAAAUUAAAAAUUAAGACAAGUGAUGUAAAUGUAGUUUCAACACACACAUAUGAGAGAGUUACUUUUGUUGUUGUUGAUUUUUUUUUUUUUUUUUUGGUUAAACCUCUGGAACAACUUACAUGAGGAAGACAGACAAGAUUGUGUGUCUAGUACAAAUCUGUAUCUGUGUCAAAUCAAAAUGGGAAUGAUUUUGGCCACAUAGUUUACACAGAAACAGAAUGAUCAAUCCAGUUUGAAACAACUGAAAUAGUGAGAGAAAAGAACUUUAUUUUGUGCAACGA